UUAACUUCACUUUAACACAUUUAUUUAAAGCCCGUAGCGUUACAAAUUCCGUCUAGAGUUUUCAAUUUCGGAAUAUUGGACUGAAGUAAUAUCGAAAUGGAGGAGUAUUCGCGCGAACCGUGUCCUUUUCGCAUCGUGGACGAUUGUGGCGGCGCAUUCACGAUGGGCUGCUUCGGAGGCGGUCUCUUCCAGGGACUAAAGGGAUUCCGGAAUGCACCGCAAGGGCUCAAACGACGGUUCGCCGGCGGAUUGGCGGCCGUAAAGGCCAGAUCGCCGACCAUUGGCGGAAAUUUUGCCGCAUGGGGCUGCGUCUUCAGCAUCGUGGACUGCAGCCUGGUGCACCUGCGCCAGAAGGAGGAUCCGUGGAACUCGAUCAUGAGCGGGGCGAUCGCCGGUGGGCUUCUGUCCUCCCGGAACGGAGUAGCCGCCAUGUUCGGAAGCGCCAUCAUCGGCGGAGUUCUGCUCUCAAUGAUCGAGGGCGUGGGCAUUCUGUUCACCCGCAUCUCCGCCGAGCAGUUCCGCAAUUCUGAUCCGCAGAGCGAUCUGGAAAGAGCAGGCGCGUUUGCGUCUGGAUCCGGAGCGGGAUCAGGCGACAUCAAUUCUGCACCGGGCUUUGAAUUCCCCGCCGCGCAGCAGGCCAACGCAACAAGCUAAAUUUCUGUUCUCAUUCUGCCCCUCAAGCCGGAACCUUAAUGAAUAAUUACAAUUACUUUCGCUGUUUGCAUUCGCUCUAUGACUUUGUGUGCCUCCAACUGCUCGUAGAAAUCAAAAUUUCAAG